AUGACAAGUCUCAUUGAUUCGUCUUGGGAACGCGUCGAUGAAUUUUUGCCGCCAGGCAUAGCGGCCGAGGAUGAUUCGUGGGAACUCGUGGAGGACAGUACAGAGCUUGUUCUGCUUGACCUGCCUCAUACUAAGCAGACAGAGUCGUCAGCCUGGUCACAAGUGCCAGCUGCACCAGGCACGAGUGUUGUAUUGACGGGCCUUGACACGCCUAUGCCUCUUCUUAAAGUCGGCGAAACUGUCAUGCAGGGCACGUACGACGAACUUUUGGGUAGUGAGAUUGUGCUGAAGCUGGAGCGUACGUUGUUGCCAUUGAGAUGA